AUGGACAGCAGGGCCCAGCGAUUCGAAGAUGAGAAGCGGCGCAUCAUCGAGAGUUGCUUCACCAAGAAGGAUGUGGACGGAUCGUUGCUGGAGACAUACAUCACCCACAUCCGAAUCACCGAGUACUCCUCCCACCCGACCUCUCCGCCGCCGCCUCAAGCACGAACCCCCGAAACCCAGAAACCCCGCGUUAUAAUCGUCGCUGUAAGGAAAAGUGGCCGAGUACGUAUGCACAAGACAAAGGAGAAUGCGAACGGUUCCUUCUCCAUUGGAAAAACAUGGAACCUUGACGACCUCUCUGCCAUCGAGUCCUUUACAGGGCCGUCGGCUAACCCCAACUUUCGUGAAUGGGCCGGGGACACUGGCUUCGUCGUGACUCUCGGCAAGCCCUAUUUCUGGAAUGCACAAUCGGACAAGGAAAAGAAGUUCUUCAUUGCCAGCUUGGUCAAGAUCUAUGGAAAAUACACGGGCGGCAAGAACCCCGAACUGUUGGGCUUUGACCCUUCUGAAAUAGCUCAGAUCCUGAGAAACGAUCGAAGGCCGCCGCCGCCUGGCCAGCUCUCUUUCAAACCGCCCCCUUCUACGCUAGAUGCUGCUUCUGGUCAGUCCAACUUGGCCGUGAACACGGCACCCUCCAACUAUGGCACUCCUUCUCCAGGGCCACCUGGCCCACGCCGGCCGCCCCCUCUUAACGGAAUGCCUUCUCACUCGCCCGUCGGAAGCAUGGCUUCGUCAUUUUCUCAGGACCCCCCUACGCUGAGGCGCUACGGAAACCAGAGCCAGGAAUCGUUUGCCCCAUCUCUAGGAGCCAGGAGCGAGGAUGCGAGCAGUUUGCCGCCUCGUUCGAGGAACGGUAUGCCUGGCUCGGGGGCAAUGGGCAGGUUUGCCGAGCAGCCGUCUGAGCCUGUCCUGGCACCGCCGCCACCAAUAUCGGAAGAAGGAGGCCGGCCGCCAGAAAGAAAGAGACCUCCGAUGGACCCGGCACGACCGCAGGGACUCGCCGAUAGAGACUUGGUUCCCGCGCCGCUAAUUAGCCCAGGGAUGCGAAGAGAUCAAGUUGCUCCUCCGCCAAGAAGCACAGCCAGGAAGAACUCAAUAUCGCAGCGGUCAGACGUUGGUUCUUACAGAGAUAAUAGGCCUGUCACCCCCCUCACGCCGGUUGAUCCGAGAACAGCAGAUUUUCCUCCUACGCUCAGAACGCCUGAGCCAAAUGGGGGGGCUACACCUACUAGGCCAACUCCUGCAAUCGUCUCGCCGUCAUCCGAGACCCCGGUGCCCCCUGCCCCGGUUUCCCCCAUAACAACGAGCCCCCCUCCAGCUCCGUCCCCAGCGCCUCUACCUCCGGUUGAUGAGCCUAUUCCCAAGGCACCUGCAGCUUCCGUAUCCCCACCCGUUCCUGAGCCGCCUGCUGAGCCGGAGGAAGAGAGUCGGCCAGGUCUGGGCCCGAUGAUCAAGUCCAAGAAGUCCAAGGGAGACCUCGCUGGCGUUCUUUGGAAGGCUGCGUCUGCUGCCACAGCCUUCAGGCCCCGACCUGGUGGUGCUGGCGAAAGACUACGACAACUUGCCGCAAAGAGCGCCGAGCCGGCGGAAGGGAUUACCACUGUGUUCCAACCCCCGCCCAGACCAACCUCCUCUAACGACCCCAAGAGAGCAGCAUCUCCGGAGGUAGCUGCUGAGAAAGCUGCUUCACCCGCACCAUCAGCAGCUCCUACAGAACCUUCCAAGCGUACAUCCGGUGUGCCCGAGGUAAAGAUCACUUUACCCAACUCUAGCCGCCCGACGAGCGUGCAACCUUCAAUCAAAGAGCCCAAGAAGCCCGACGAGUCAACAGCAAACGAAGAAAGUCGCAAGUCGAUCGUUGUCGGCAACGAUGCCAAAUAUCUUGCGUCUCUAGGCAUUGACCCCACUGUGUUGGAUAACAAGAGUGGAGAGUUCACCAAGUGGUUGGAUUACUUCGGCUGGGUACCUGGAGAGCAGAUGAGAUCGCGCAACGUCGAAGAUAUGAGAACUGAGCUCGAGAGAGAACUCAACAAAGCUCAAGCUGGGGGCUGGCUGGCCCGAUUCCAAGAAGAGGAUGAUCGAGUUGAGGCCAUCAAGCGUGGCAUCGACCUGGCAGUCGCUGAGUGUGAAGAGAUGGAGAACCUGUUGACACUUUACAGUGUCGAACUGUCGACGCUUUCCGAUGAUAUUGCAUACAUUGAAGCUCAAGGCCAGGGUCUUCAGGUUCAGACGGCCAAUCAGAAACUCCUUAGAAAGGAGCUUGAAUCUCUCUUGGAGACGACAACCAUCACCACGGCCGAUCUCAAUGCUUUGAAGGCCGCGCCGCUUGAGGAUCUCGGAGGCCUCGACGAUAUCGAGAUGUCCCUAGUCACCCUCUACAAGGCCAUGAUCAAGAUCGACCCCUCACUGCUAGGAGGCGAGCCAAGGAAGAGCGAAGAUCUUGUUGGUGAAGGCGACCAAGCUGUUGGGCUUGAGAACACCGACUACGGCAAGAUGAGAAUCGUCCAAGAAAAGAAAGAAAUGUAUCGUCAAGAAAGCGCCGCCUUCUCACGACGGUUGGUUGGAUACAUGGCGCAGCAGUUCGAUGUGGCCUACAAUGAGGUUAACAAAGCGCUUCGCGAGGCCCUCUCGAGGAAGGUGGACUCCCGUCAUCACGAUAUUGGUCGAGACAUGCUUUGGAAGUACAGUCCUUUGAUCAAGUACUCCAAGGAUGUCGAUCCGGCCAACUGGGACCGCAUGAUACAGGUCUACCAAGAUAAGAGCCAUCCCGUGUACAAGAACGAAUUCCGGCAGGUCUUGGAGGCAUGGAAGCGCAACGCGCGCAAGAUGACUGCUGAUGAGACAACCGAGCUCCUGUUUUCGUUUGAAGUCGAAAAGCAACAAGAAGGCAAGGCGACCACUGUCAGGAAGCUUACUGUCAAGCGUAGUCAAACACUGGCCAAGAGUCUGCGUUCACCCAUCGACACCGCCAGCAGAACGAAUCUCAAAGAGGCAGCGGGAACCGAGAAUCGUAGCUUCCCCUACGAGGUGUUCGGCCAUGUUUUGGAUGACCUCUUGCCGCUGGUCGAGAUGGAACAAAACUUUAUCGUUGACUUCUUCCAUGCCACGACGCUGGAGCAGUCAGACUUCCCUGACCUGGUCGCAGCGAGCAGACCGAAAGAUCGAAGAGGUGGUGAUUUGCGCCGCCAUCGCCUAAUGGAACCAGACCGCGAUCUCGCUCGGAGAGUGACCAAAGCAAUGGAAGUCAUAUUUAUGUUCCUCGAGACGGAAGUUGCAAAACUAAUCGAAUGGGUCAUACAGACAGAUCCUUUGCAAGGGGCCGGCGUCCUGGCUGUUCUCGAGCGGAACCUUGUUGAUUACCAACAAUCCAACCAGGAAUUUCUCAACGCCAUGCUUCAAAAGCUCCACGACGUCCUGGAGUCCCGCUUCAAGAAGUUUGUCGAUGAGCAAAUCCGCGCCAUCGAAGAGACCAAGGUCAAGAUCAAUAAGCGCAAGGGCGUUAUUUCGUUCAUUCGCGUCUUUCCUCAGUUUUCCAACGCGGUCGAAAACAUUCUUACGGGCAUCGACCCAAACCUGGCUGUUCGCAAGACAGUCGAUCGCGAAUACGGCCGCAUUCUCAAGUCCAUGUUCGACUCGCUCAAAAUUAUCGCCCGCGAGAACCCGGCUGUCAGCGUCGGCGCGGCGGGCGCGGAUCCAGAAGAUAAGGAGGCGCUCAACUUCCACAUCCUCCUCAUCGAGAACAUGAACCAUUUCCUAGAGGAGGUCAACACGCACGGCCUCGAUGUCCUCGAAGACUGGCGCGAGGCUGCAACCAAUGAACUGAAUGAGCACAUGGGUCUAUACCUGAACGCGGUUAUGCGCCGCCCUCUCGGCAAGCUUCUCGAAUAUAUUGAGAACAUCGAGGGGCAGCUUCAGUCGGGUAAGCCCGGGUCGAGCAUUGCAGCGCAGCCGUCCAACUCCAAGUCGACGUUCCACAAAGUCCUGGCGACGUAUGACGCGCGUGAGGUUCGUAAAGGCAUCGAAACACUGCGUAAGCGCGUUGAGAAACACUUUGGUGAUGCGGACGACCUUGCCCUGAGCCAGAAGCUGGUGACCAAGGUGCUCCGCGAGUGCGAACGCUUCUAUGGCGAGGUGGAACUGCGCAUCAGCCGCAUCACGGCGGAUGUCUAUGGCGGUGACGUCCUGUUCGAGUGGCCGCGCGCCGAAGUCAAGGCCGGUUUCCGCUAG